GUCCGGCUGUGAGGCAGCUUACAGGCUCUCAGUCUUCUUUAUUUUUUCGGACCUGUUCAAACUGGGGGUAUUAAAACCUGCUAGUAAUCCAUGGGUGACAGACCGGUGCGUCCCAGCCGAGCGUCUACCUCCGAAUGAGCAGAGAGGAGCCGACCAUGUAAUGUGCCAGGGGGGUUGGCGAUGGAGGGCACGAUGCCGGUGGCCGGGCCGGAGAAGCCACGGAAGCGGGUGAGGUUCCGCGUGGCCUCGGGGAACAGCGGCCGGGUGCUGAAGGAGAUGUUCAAGGACGAGGGGCCCUCGGGCUCCCUGGAUUCGGACUGCACCAGCGGCUCCGACGCAGAGCGGGCCAGCACCCCCUCCACGAGCGGAGAGGCGCACCUGGUCGGGUACCUGGGCUCCGAGCCGGACGCCGCCGAGCCGGACGAGCUGCUGGUGUACGCGGGGGCCACCAAGGACUGGAUGUUCACAACGAGGAGGGUCAACAUACUCAGUAAAAAUGGGACCGUCAGAGGGGUCAAGCACAAAGUCAGCGCAGGUCAGACGCUGUUUGAGAACCUUCCCAAUUACAACAGUAUGGCGAUAUCUCUUGAAUUUGGGCGGAUAGUGAUCUACACCACAAGUUUCCGUGUGGUGAGAACAACAUUUGAGCGCUGCCAGCUAGUCCGAAAGAUCUUCCAGAACCACAGGGUGAGGUUUGUGGAGAAGAACAUCGCCCUGGACAGCGAGUACGGGAAGGAGUUGGAGGAGCGGUGCAACCGCGUGGGGGAACCUCCCUCGCUACCUGUGGUGUUCAUUGACGGACACUACCUCGGGGGUGCUGAGAAAAUACUAAGCAUGAACGAAUCAGGAGAGCUUCAAGAUCUUCUAACCAAAAUAGAGAGAGUACAGCAGCCCCAGACGUGCCAGACCUGUGGGGGCUAUGCCUUCGUCCCGUGCCCCAUGUGCCAUGGCAGCAAGAUGUCCGUGUUCCGCAACUGCUUCACGGAUUCCUUCAAAGCCCUCAAGUGCACUUCCUGCAACGAGAACGGCCUGCAGCCCUGUGUGAGCUGCAGCCACUGAGGAUGUUACGUGCCUGAACCAGCAUCCUCCUCGCAGGGCCUCCGACUGGACUGUGACCCGGGCAAUGAAACGAAACCCAGCAGCGCUCCUCCUCCACGGCCAUGUCAGUAAGGAAAAAAAUAAAUCUGUGAAUUGGGGGGGAUCUGGUAUUGUUGGUCCGCUGAACCUCAGUAAGCAACGAGAAGAAUCACAUCACUUUUUCUGAGCUCAGUGCAAACCUUUCCAUUGAUGGGUUUCUG